AGAAUCCAUUUCUAUUUACUCUUGAAGAGUGCUAUUACAUUUCUAAUCGGAAUGCGAUCCUCUGCAUAUAUAUACCUGUUUCUCACCUCUUAAUUUCCUGCUAGCAUUCCAACCACAUCUUCCAUUCCUUCGGCAACUCUCUUUACUCCUAAUUCAGAGCAAUAUGAAACAAGCGAUCAACCUUGCCGGACCGACUGUCAAGAUUAUCGACAGCCCGAUCCCUGAACCGAACGAUGACCAGGUUCUGAUCAGGGUGGUAGUCUCCGGAUCGAAUCCAAAGGACUGGAAGCUCCCGGAUUGGGCGGCUGCUGGAGAUGUCAACUUUGCCAUGCUAGAUAAGGCUAAGAAUGGAUUGAACCAAGGAGACGAUAUUGCUGGAUUCGUCGAAAAGGUCGGCGCGAAUGUAGUUGAAUUCAAGCCUGGUGAUCGCGUUGCAGCUUUCCACGAGAUUUGCACGCCUGGGGGUUCCUAUGCGGAAUAUGCGAUCGCGUGGAGUUAUACCACCUUCCAUUUACCAAAGCACACAUCCUUUGAAGAGGCCGCCACGAUUCCCCUAGCAGCCUUGACUGCUUCCGUAUCUCUGUACGCGCAUAAUCGCUUCCCCUUCCCCUGGAUGCCUGCCCAGAAGUCGAUUCCGUUCAUUGUGUACGGCGCGAGCUCAGCUGUCGGCUCAUUUGCUAUCAAAUUGGCAUUCAACAGCAACAUCCAUCCGAUCAUUGCAGUCGCCGGGAAAGGUUCUCACUAUGUGGAGACACUGAUUGACCGGAGCAAAGGCGACACCAUUAUUGAUUAUCGCGAGGGAGUCGAAGCAACCAUUGCGGGAAUCCGUAAGGGCCUACAGCAAACUGGCCACUCAACUGUUCAUCAUGCACUUGACGCUGCUAUAGUCCCACAAAGUGCAGAGGUCCUCAGGCAGUCGGUGGCUCCUGGCGGAAUGGUUGAUUUCAUCUUACCAAACGAUUUCGAUGUCUCGCCUGCUAUCCACUCGGUGACUUCUGUGGGCUCGGUGCAUAAACAACCAGAGUUCGAGAAUAACGAGGAACUAGGGUUUGCCACGUCGCGAUAUUUUACUCGAGCCCUGCAGGACAAGAGUCUCUCAGGUCAUCCUUUCGAGAUCAGAUCGGGCGGUUUAGAAGGCGUUGAGCAGGCCCUGAAAGAUCUGAAGGAUGGAAAAGCAAGUGCUACUAAGUACGUCUUUCGCAUUUCUGAGACUCCAGGUUGUGCCUAGUAUGUCAUAGUCCCACGGCGCAACACAGAAUGAGUAUCGAAAUAUAGCAUGUGAAGUCGGACCGAAAAUGGAAAGGUUCCCCAGGCUUCCACAGAAAACAUCUACAGCAGGGCACUAACAGGCCUAUAAUAUGCCACAAGGUAGAGGGAACGGUAAAUAGCCAAUGUAUGCCUAAUUGCAUAGUAAUACAAUAUAACUCGCCGGAAAGUGGGGC